AAUAAGUUGAAGUAGCCACUGAAGCGUCGGCGUCGGGUUCCAAAAUAUCUCGGAUAAGCGAAAGAGCUGAGCAAAGCCGUGUUUGGCGGAGCACCGCCACUGAAUUCAGGCAAGUCCACCGUCUCUCUCACACACACCUUUUCACUACUCACCUCUUUCAAAUUCUUUUUUUGACUCAUCUUACCCUUUCUUUCUGCGUUCUCAUUUUAAUCUCUCACUCUAUCUUGCACCGGAGCUAAACGCAAAUCGCUUUGCUCCGGGAACUUUUUUUUUUGGAAGUUUAAAAUUUCUUCAUUUUUAUUACAAAACUUCAAUGUUGCGCGGUUGAAUGUUGUUUGUUUGCUACUUGCUUUUCACGCCGGUAUUAUUUUUCUCUGAUUGCCCUUUGCCCAUACACAUUCUUGCUUCCAUUUUCAGUUUUCCCUGAUUUUUUUUUGGGUUAUUCAGGAGUAAAAGAGAGGUAUGUUUUAACUUCCAUUGCCUUUUUGAGUGGUGUUCACCGUUUAAAGUGACUGUGGGUUUGUAGUUUUUUUUAUAUGAAUACUGAGGAAAGAAUGAGAAAUCCUGAUGACACUGAAUGUACUGAAGGAGUUCAGAGUUUGAAAUGCGAAGUUGUUUUUGAUGAGGUGCUAAUUUCCAAUGGAGGUGGUGUUGCUGGAGAGGCUCGGCAUUUGAAAAGUGAAGCCGUGAAUGGUGAUUGUUGUUGUGAUAUGAGAGCUGAGGAAGGAAUAAAAAGUCCUGGUAACAGUGAACGUGCUGAAGGGGUUCAGUGUUUGAAACGCAAAGUCAUUUCUGAUGAGGUGCCGAUUUCCAAUGGGAAUGUUGUUAGUGAACAGGCUCGACACUUGAAUAGCGAAGCCUUGAAUGAUGACUGCUGUUUUGAUAUGGGAAAUGAGGAAGGAAUGAGCAGUCCAGGGGACACUAAAGGUGCUGAAGGAAUUCGGUGUUUGAAACGCAAAGCCAUUUCUGAUGAGGUGCCAAUUUCCAAUGGGAAUGGUGUUACCAAAGAGGCUCGACACUUGAAAAGUGAAGCCAUGAAUGAUGGGGUGGUAUUUGCCAUUGGAAAUGGUGUUGCUGAUGUGGCUGGGGUUUUGAGAAGUGAAGUGUCGAAUAAUGGGGUAACUGGAAAUGGUGUAUUUGAAGAGGAUCGACACUUGAAAAGUGAAGCCAUGGGCGAUGGGGUGGUAUUUGGCUAUGGAAAUGGUGUUACUGAUGUGGCUGGGGUUUUGAAAAGUGAAAUGUCGAUUAAUGGGAUAAAUGGAAAUGUUGUAUUUGAAGAGGAUCAACACUCGAAAAGUGAAGCCAUGAAUGAUGGGGUGGUAUUUGCCAAUGGAAAUGGUAUUACUGAUGUGGCUGGGGAUUUGAAAAGUGAAGUAUCAAAUAGUGGGGUGAAUGAGAAUGGUGUUAUUGAAGAGGGCGGUGUUUUGGAAAGUGAACGCAUUAGCAAUGAGGUGCCAAUUGCAGAUGGGUUUGAUUCUGGCGACAGGGGCUCUGGUGGACUUACAUGUCUUCGAACUUAUAAGAGGCGAAAAUAUGAUAAGUCAAGCUCAAAAGGCAAAGCUCAGGUGGAUUGCAGAAAGUAUGUGGAAACUGCAAGUCAUGUAGCAGACCAGGCUGUGAAGGAACCCUUUGAUGCAACUUUCGGCAAUACUGCAAAUGAUUGUGCCCAUAGACAUCGGGGGAAUGAUGUACUAAAGCAUUUAUAUCAGUCAUUAGGAAAUGUUGAUGGUGGCAUAGAGGGGUGCAUAGGGCAAGCACUAAUUCACCAUCCUCAAAGAAGUUGUGCCACAACUGUUAUGCAGGGAACUUCUAAAAUUGACAAAGAUGGACAUGAAUUCUCUUCACACUUUGACCGCCUAUCUCAUAGACCACAGACUGAAGCUAAUGGUCAUGCACAUGUCAUGCAAAGUGGAUCUUCUAGUGAACCCCAUGGCCAUGGUGUGACUGAGAUGUGUCAACGCGUGCUCCACAAUAUAUUAACCUCAGAAGAAUUCAAUUCAUUACGCAAGACUUUACUUGAAAAUUUCCAAGGAAUAAAGCUUGAAAGUGUAUUUGAUUUUAGUGUCACGAGCUCAAGGAUGAAGCAGAAAACUUAUGAACAAUCACCUACACUUUUCUUGUCAGAUAUUCAACAGGUCUGGAGUAAGCUUCAAGAUGUUUGUAACGGGGUUUCUGCUCUUUCUAAGAGCCUCUCCAACAUGUCAACAACUUCCUACUCUGAGCUGGUUGGAAUUUCAGCGCAGAGCACAUUUGAAGAUGAAAAACAAGUGGAAUCGGACUCGCACGUGAAACCGGAGCAGACGGAAGAGUGCACUACCUAUAAAAUUUGCUGUUGCAAUUGCUGUGGAGAAAGGGCAGAUGGCACAGACUGUUUGGUGUGCGAUUCAUGUGAGAAGGUGUACCAUUUGUCCUGUAUUGAGCCCGCAGUGAAAGAAAUACCUCACAAAAGCUGGUAUUGUGCUAAUUGCACCACUAGUGGCUUUGGAUCUCCCCAUGAGAAUUGUGUAGUAUGUACGAGGUUGAAUCAUGCAAUGACUCCGAAGAAAAUAGUUGGUGAUGAAAGCCUCACUACAAAUGAGGAAACACUUAAUGAAUUUGAAGAGAAUUCACAUUGCAGCUAUGAUGAGGUUAAAGUAUCUAAAGGCGAGAAAAAAACACGGGAUUGCAAAGUGUGUGGAAAUGAAGUCAUAGAUGGUGAAAAAAUUAGAAUAUGUGGUCACCCGUUUUGCCCAAGUAGUUACUACUACCAUGUAAGGUGCUUGACAAGCAAGCAAUUAAAUUCAUAUGGUAGUUGGUGGUACUGCCCUUCUUGUUUAUGCCAAGUUUGCCUCAUCGAUCAAAACGACGACCAAAUUGUCCUCUGUGAUGGCUGUGAUCAUGCAUAUCACAUGUAUUGCAUGAAACCUCCUCUAGAUUCUAUUCCAAAAGGGAAAUGGUUCUGCAAAAAAUGUGAUGCUGGAAUCAAGGCAAUAUCCCAGGCAAAAAAGGCGUAUGAGAAUAACAAGCUGAGAGCUGGUGAAAAUGUUUCAAAGCCAAAAGCUAAUAAUGAAGUCAAUUGCAACAAUAAAUGUGUAGAAGAAUUGGAAAGUGGUGGAGGAAUGGACAUGCUUUUAACUGCUGCCAAUUCUCUGAAUUUCGAAGAUAAUUUGACCAAAAACCAGUUUGAGUAGCAGAUAACAUGGGUUUUCUUGAAGAGUGUGUGAGCUUCCGGGUUAUUGUUUUAACUUAGUGAACUGUUGAUACCCAACUAUUUCACAUUUUGUGCAUUUUUUGGAUGACUGAUAUUUUGGUAGGUUGUAUAACAUUGGUAGAUUUCCUGACUUUUGGAUACACGACACAGAAAGACACGACUAUAGAGGGUAAAACGCCCAAGGCAUAAUCAGAAAUUGUUGAAAGUUCUAUCUGCAAGAGCAAGCAGGUCAGAUAAACUGUAGUAUAAGGUGGUUGAUAUAAAAUUUAAUUGUCUGCUUUGCUUGUGUCAUGCAAUGUGUAGUAUUUUGGAUUGGGAUGUUAUAGGCCCACAUUUCUCUAAAUUUGUACAAUUAAUUUCAGCUACGUUGAAAAUCAGAAGAUUGAGAAGUUUAAUAUUAACAUUUCAUUGUCAUUUCUGUAUAAAGAUUGUUCUGCAUUGCUGUUGUCUUUUA